GACCUAUAGUUCAGGGGACUCUGUGCCCUUCAGGGACCUAUAGUUCAGGAGACUCUGUGCCCUUCAGGGACCUAUAGUUCAGGGGACUCUGUGCCCUUCAGGGACCUAUAGUUCAGGGGACUCUGUGCCCUUCAGGGACCUAUAGUUCAGGGGACUCUGUGCCCUUCAGGGACCUAUAGUUCAGGGGACUCUGUGCCCUUCAGGGACCUAUAGUUAGGGGGACUCUGUGCCCUUCAGGGACCUAUAGUUCAGGAGACUCUGUGCCCUUCAGGGACCUAUAGUUCAGGGGACUCUGUGCCCUUCAGGGACCUAUAGUUACAGGGCAUCAGGGGGGAAGUUGCAGCAUUGUUGCAGAUGGCUUACAGAGCUGUAGCCGAGCCAAAGUAGCUCUUUAAUAAUUAUAAAUUAUAAAAUAAAACACUGAUACAGAUAAUCUGCAAAUUGCCAAAUAUGGUGUCACAGCAUUUUCUGGGCGUCGGCAGCGGGAACCAAAAAGGGAAAAGUACUGGUACCAAAAAAACAGUGUCGAGUCGAGCGCAGGUGAGAUGCUAACAGGUGUGAUGCUAACAGAUCUGAUGCUAACGGGUGUGAUGCUAACGGGUGUGAUGCUAACCCCACUCUACACUUGUCUUCAUGUUUACUGUUAAUUCAGCCUGAGACGAGACACAGAUAACUAUGAAGCGGUAACAGGCAACAGCGUUGCCUCGGCGAUGCACUCGGAGACGCCCGACCGCUACGAACGCCUCACCUCUGUCUCCUCCUCCGUCGACUUCGACCAGAGAGACAACGGUUUCUGCUCGUGGCUGACGGCCAUCUUCAGAAUAAAGGAUGAAGAGAUCAGGGAGAAGUGUGGCGAGGAUGCGGUCCACUACCUGUCCUUCCAGCGCCACAUCAUCGGCCUGCUGGUCGUGGUCGGGGUCCUCUCCGUCGGCAUCGUCCUGCCCGUCAACUUCUCCGGAGACCUGCUGGUCAGAAUUAUCAGUAAGGAGGCUUUCCUAAGCCAAGGAGUCCCGGGACCUCCUUCUAAAGAAGAAAACAACGCCUACAGCUUCGGACGCACCACGAUAGCCAACCUGAAGUCUGGGACCAACCUGCUGUGGCUCCACACUACGUUUGCCUUCAUGUACCUUCUGCUGACCGUCUACAGCAUGAGGAGACACACGUCCAAGAUGCACUACAAGGAGGACGACCUGGUGAAGCGCACUUUAUUCAUUAACGGCAUCUCUAAAUACGCCGAGGAGAGUCAGAUCAAACAGCACUUUGAACAGGCGUACGAGAACUGCACGGUGCUGGAGGCUCGGAUCUGCUACAACGUGGCCAGACUGAUGUCUCUGAACGCAGAGAGGAAGAAGACAGAGCGCAGUAAGAAGUUCUUCACCGACCUGAUGGCCAAGGAACACGUUCCCACGAUGAUUAACCCCAAACCCUGCGGACACCUCUGCUGCUGCGCCAUCACUGGCUGCGAGGAGGAGGAGGCCGUCAGCUACUACACCAAGAGAGAAGCCAAGCUGAAGGAGGAGUACCGCAAGGAGAAGGAGAAGGUCCACACCAAGCCGCUGGGCAUGGCCUUUGUCACCUUCCAGAACGAGUCCAUGACCGCCAUUAUUUUGAAGGACUUUAACGCCUGCCAGGUUCAGGGCUGUCGCUGUCAACAGGAGCCGCAGUCGUCUCAGUUCAGCGAGGUUCUUCACGUCUACAACUGGAGCGUUUCGUACGCGCCCGACCCGCAGAACGUCCGCUGGGAGCACCUGUCGCUGGGCGGGAUCUCCUGGUGGAUCCGCUGCUUCAUCAUCAACGUCAUCCUCUUCCUGCUGCUCUUCUUCCUCACCACGCCCGCCAUCAUCAUCUCCACCAUGGACAAGUUCAACGUCACCAAGCCCGUUGAGUAUCUCAACAACCCGAUCGUGACUCAGUUCUUCCCCACUCUGCUGCUCUGGGCUUUCUCCGCUCUGCUACCCACCAUCGUCUACUACUCCGCCUUCUUCGAGGCUCACUGGACCAGGUCUGGAGAAAACAGGACGACGAUGCAUAAAUGCUACACCUUCCUGAUCUUCAUGGUUCUGCUGCUGCCGUCUCUCGGCCUCAGCAGUCUGGACGUUUUCUUCCGCUGGCUCUUCGAUAAGAAGUUCCUGGCUGAUGCCAAAGUCCGAUUUGAGUGCGUCUUCCUGCCAGAUAACGGCGCGUUCUUCGUGAACUACGUGAUCGCCUCGGCGUUCAUCGGGAACGCCAUGGACCUGCUGCGGAUCCCCGGCCUUCUGAUGUACAUGAUCCGGCUGUGCCUGGCGCGCUCGGCCGCCGACCGCCGAAAUGUCAAAAGGCACCAGGCCUACGAGUUCCAGUUCGGAGCGGCAUAUGCCUGGAUGAUGAACGUCUUCACCGUGGUGAUGGCCUACAGCAUCACCUGCCCCAUCAUAGUACCCUUCGGUCUGAUGUACAUGCUGCUGAAACACCUGGUGGACCGGUACAACAUGUACUACGCCUACCUGCCCUCCAAACUGGACAAGAAGAUCCACUCGGCAGCGGUGACCCAGGUGGUGGCGGCGCCCAUCCUCUGCCUCUUCUGGCUGCUCUUCUUCUCCACCGUACGCACAGGUUUCGAGACGCCGACGUCGAUGUUCACCCUGGUGGUGCUGAUCGUCACCAUCGUGGUCUGUCUGUCUCACGUCUGCUUCGGACACUUCAAGUACCUCAGCGCCCACAACUACAAGGUACACACUCGGAUCGACACCAAGGAGACCGAUGUGGACGCUGUGGAGAACGGACGUCCCGUUCGUCCCUCGUCCUCCCCCACCAUCAAAUCUCAGCAGCAGCAGCAGCAGCAGCAGCAGCAGCAGAUGUACAUCGCCCAGGUUCUCCAGGACCCAAACUUAGACGACCCGGCCGGCGGCAGCGGCGAGGAGGACCGGGGCUCGUCCCAGGACGACGAGAUGCUCAACGGCGGGAACAGCAUCAACGAGGCGGAUUUUCAGUCAGGGGAGGACAGUCUGAUAGCCAACGAGGUCCACCAGUAGCUGGGGGUGGAGCCACCAGAGGGAGGGGGCGGAGCUAGCAGAACCGAGCUGAGCCCACGCAGACGGACUGAGUGACGCCGUUCUAGCUCCACGCCCUCCCGGCUCGAAGACUUGACCCUGACCUUUUGACGCCGGCGGCCGGCUCGCCAACACCCAGCCCUGCACCGAACUGUCUCCAGCGGAGCUCACUGUACAUAACCACGACGACGCCAAACCUUUCUCUGUGUUUCUCUCUGGGGGGUUGAAAAAGGGGGGAGGAGGGUUUCAAACAUUCGUGCCUGGGUUGGAUUUUUGGUUCGUUCGCACUCGUGACUUUUUUUGGACUCCCGAUCCCACCGCAGGUCGCCGGGACUCGACCUGCUGAUGCUCGCGCCCCCCCCCCCACCGCCCUCCUCCGAGACAUCGGAGCGCUAAAUAAGUCGCUAACCGCCAGCUCUCGUAGUGGUAGAAGCCUCGCUUACGCACACGCAGCGCUGUCUCCCCUCCUCCUCUUCUUUCGGGCUUUUUACUUUAUUUCCGUGGAAACCAGGGGGGGGGGGAGGGGUCAUGGAUUGUUUUGCCGAAAUGUCUAACGCAUCACCUGGAAGUUUGGGUUUCUUUUAACCGAGCCUCGGUACGGAAGCUAAUAAGAGACAAAAGCAUUUUCAUUUGAAUUGUCACUUUAAUAUUAAGUACCUGGUAUAUAUACUAUAUAUAGUAUGUAUGUAUGUUUAUACAGUAUAUAUACUAUAUAUAGUAUACAGUAUAUAUACUGUGUGUGUAUAUAUACUGUAGUAUGUACUGUAUAUAGUAUCUGGUGGCUGUUUAAAAGUCUCUGAUUAGCUCCCAUACUUGCACUGCACAUUGUUAAAGUUCUGUGUGAAUUAAUGAUGCUGGCUGUUGCGGCCAAUGAACUCGCCCAAUCCCCUCCCUCCCCCCCGCUCUCAGCAGCACAUCCUGCCGCCUGCCGGGUGAGCGUUUCUACGGCGACACAAACCCCCUUCACUUGGACCGGACUCAACCCGAGAACGCUUUUACUUUCACCCGAACUACCUUAAAUCAUGAACAACCUGACAAAGGGAACGGGGUGUGUGUGUGUGUGUGUGUUUAGCAAUCCUUAACGUUACCAUGGUAACUACCAAACUCUUUUCAUUGGUGGAGAGAACUGUGAAGACGCUCUGACAGCUGAUUGGUUGGUUUAGUCUCGGGUAGACGCAGGAGAGCAGCGCUUUUCCUCGGGACCGUCUUGGCCACGCUGUCGGGACUCUGAAGGGAAAAUGUUCUCUGUGUGUGUGUGUGUGUGUGUGUGUGUGUGUGUGUGUGUGUGUGUGUGUGUGUGUGUGUGUGUGUGUGUGUGUGUGUGUGUGUGUGUGUGU